ACUUUUUUGGUGUAACUUGGCCCACGCUGAUUGGUCACACUGAAGCAAAAGAAAACAAGUCGCAGAAUCGCCAUACCAUUGCAAUUUACUCACAAUCCUUUGCAUCCCUGAUGCCCACAGACUGGCGAUGAAGCCCCAGACUAAACGAAAGUCCUUCCCCUUCAAUGCGCCACCGCCGGGCGGCGUAAUGGAGUUCGGAUUCGGGAGUUGCAGCAGCAACUUCAAUGCGGAGAACGACCUGGCAAAGUGGCAGCACAAACGGAAAUCGGAGCAGCAAGCGACGGCAGUGCUACCACCCAAAAUGCUGAUCACCGAGGAAAGGAUUACUCAGCACUUCAGCGGACUGUCGCUGGACCCGAAGAUCAAUGUGGCUUCCUCCGCCGUCGGCAGCAACAACAACAGCGUGGCCAGCGUUACGGGCGGCCUGGCCACGGAUGACAUACCGUCCACCAGCACCGGGAAGACCCAUCAUCCCAAUCCCGCCUACCAAAUGGCGGCCAUGGAACUGGAGCAGAAGCUGCGCAACGCCAAUCGCAUUGUGAUCUGCGAUGGCCUUAAGCAGGGAUCUGGUCCCGGGUCGGCACCACCCGUAAUCCCACCCGAGUGGCUGAUGAAGUCCAUACCACGUCCCUGCACCGCCUUGGUGCCCUGGCAACCAUCACCCCUACAGAUCCCAAUGCCGGGUCCUAAGAUUGUUGCUCCCCACUCGGUCGCACCCAUGGUUGGAGCUCCGGCCGUCCCGGAACUGGACGACUACGACGACGAUCUGGAGUUCUUUGAGAACAACAACACGUGCAGUGUGAACCUUAACAAGUCUGAGCAAGAGCACAUGGACGAGGACCUGUAGCCCAUGGCCAUAUAUCCCUAAAGCAUAAGCAGUAACGUGUAGAUUUGUAUGUCCGUAUCCGUAAGAACACACUUCGUAAGAACAUACUCCUUAUUUUGUAUUACUAUUGAAAAUAGAUAGAUGUAUGUGAUCAAAUCCGAAUGGCCGAAUGGAUUGUUCGUUAAUUUAAGCAAGUGGGCCAGUAGAAUCUGGCAACGGCAGACGUGAAUUGAAAUCGGGCACUAAUGAAAAACUAAUUUGAUA